UCUCACAACAAUGCGGAUUUUGAAUCUCCUGUUGGCCCUGUGAGCAGGCAUUGUCCACAGCGAAAUGACACCUAUUUUCGAGGACCCUGUGUUCCUGUACUACAGACAGUCUCUGGAGGUUUUGUAUCCAGACACCUGCUACCGGUUUGAUUCUGGUGGGUAUCCUGCAGAAAUUCCAAAGCUGAACUUCGCAGCAUAUAAGGAAUUCCAUAAAGCCUUCUAUCACCCGACCAACUCCUUGAUAUUCUUCUAUGGGGACGAUGACCCAAUGGUGAGAUUGAAGAAGCUUAAUGAGUACUUGUCCGCUUUUGAGCUGAAUGCGCAGGCAAAGAGCAAGUCAUACCUGAAGCUUCAGAAGCCUUGGAGCAAACCUCUGGAGGUCGAAUCAACAUAUCCAACUUGGGAAGACAAUAACGCUCCUUCAUUUAUGGGCAUCCACUGGCUUAUUGCAGACGAGCCUAAGUCCAUUGAUUCAGAAACUUACUUUGCUCUGCAAGUUAUUUCAGAUCUCAUGUGUAACUAUGUUAUGCUUGCACUGGAAGCCACCAGCGGUUCUCAAGAUGAGCCAUCAUGUGGCAUUGAUCAGCUCACAACUGUGCAACCAUAUGCCUACAUUGUCGUGGAGGAACCGUCUGCCAAUCUCACGAAAAAGAACUUCAAGACUGCCGUAUCGUUGGGCCUCCAGCUCAUGAGUACUGCAUUCAUGCCAAAGUGGGUGUAUGGAAUGCUCAACCAAAUGGAGAUUGAAAUGAUGUCGAUUGACGACAAAGCGAUGACUACUUUCUUCGCAGUAGAGGGAUCGUGGAAAGCAGAUCUGGAUCCUCUUCGGCUCCUGAAUGCCACUUUGGCAUUGGAGUCCAUUCGGUCAAAGGUUGCUGCACUAGGUGGGGAUGCUGCUGGCUACUUCAGGCCAUUGCUUAAGAAGUACCUGAUUGACAAUCCAUCUCAGGUGUUCCUUGACAUUAAGCCUGAUUAUGGGGGUUUGGAGCGGCAAUUUCAGGAGGAGAAGGACCGACUUAGACAUAUCAAGGAAAGAAUGUCAGCAAGCGAGAUUCAGAGGAUUGUGGACGAAACCCUGGCAAUUAAGGAGGAGAUGCAGCCAAGCCCUCCUUCAGUUAUCAAUAAAUUUCUUAAGCCCAUCUCUACAAGCGCGCUGACUACUCCAGCCCCAACAACCAUAAGCCAGGUCAGGACUCUAGCUUCGGUGAACCUUUUUCAAACCAAAGCCUUCACAAAUGGCGUGGUUUACAUCGAUAUGCUUUUCAGCUUGGAAAGGCUGCCAGAGGAGCUCGUUCCAUACAUUGGCAUUCUCAGAUCUGUGUGGCAAUUUCUGAGCACUGGUGACUUGAGUUUCAGCACAAGGGUCCUUGAGAACACAGGUGGUCUGGACGUUUUCUUUGAGUACCUGAACAAUGCCAACGAGCCGAACCGGACUUCACGGAACGCAUACUUGGGAUUCUUUGGUGCUGCAAGAAACAGCAAUGUGACGGAGCUGAUUGAUUUGAUGAAAAUCCUGGUGACGCAAGUUGAUCUUGACGAUAAGGAUACCUUCCUCUACGUUUUGGAUCUGCUUACAGCUGACAUGGACGGCGAUACUGCUUACGGUUAUGUGUCUAGUCGCCUGGCUGCGAAAGAUAAUGUCAAGGGAUGGUUUGCUGAACAAGUGUAUGGGAAAAGGCAAGUUUUUUUUCAACUUCCUGUUCUGGAAAGCUCUGCACAGAAGGUUUUUGGCAGGUGUGUAUGUCGAAGAAGAAGAAGAAGACAGAAGACAGAAGAAGAAGAAGACGAAGAAGAAGACGAAGAAGAAGAAGAAGAAGAAGAAGAAGAAGAAGAAGAAGAAGAAGAAGAAGAAGAAGAAGGCUGGUUGAAGAUGGCAGGCAGGGGGUAUGGAAUAGCAGCCGAGAAGAAGAAGGAGGGUGGUAAAAGAUUGUGGGCAGCAGUCGAGAAAGAUGGGCAACAAGAGGAGGAACAAGAAGAAGAGACGACGACGACGAAGAAGAAGAAGAAGAAGAAGAAGAAGAAGAAGAAGAAGAAGAAAAAGAAGAAGAAGAAGAAGAAGAAGAAGGGUGGUGGAGGAUUUCAGGCUGGAGAAUCUGGCAAUUUACAUAAGGGAGGUUACCUUCCAAGUCCGGGCUCAGUAACGGCAGACGUUGUUCUCAAUCGUGAGAUUCAUUGGAAAGUCAGAGCUCAGGGCAAGGCGUAUGGUGCAUAUGCAAGACUGGAUGGUGAUGCAGGCCUCUUGACCUUGUUAUCCUACAGAGAUCCUGAGGUGAUCUCCACCCUGGAUGCAUACAAUGAAAGCAUUAGUAAUAUGUUGAAAAUGCGACCGGAUAAGCAGACUUUGGACAGGAGAAUAGUUGCAGCAUGGGGUUUAUUAAAUCCUCAUAUGUAUCCAUAUGAUGAGGCCUAUUUCAGCUUUCAGAAGUUUUUGGCUGAUGCACCCCCAGGUGUCAUGGACCUAAUAAAUGAACAAGUCCUCUAUACAAGGGUCGAAGAACUGAACUGGUUUGCCAAUGCUGCUUUGCCGACGUUUCUGAACGGAAAUAGCACAGUUGUCAUUGCAACUUCAAGGGACAAUAUUGAAGAGGCAAUGAGAGAGAGCCCUGAACUGAAACUGACCGUAGCUGCUAGUUAGUGCUUCCUUUGUAGUGAAAGCCUAUACCUUUUUGGGAUUUAGAAUUUUAGACAGAAUUUUACACUAAUUUUAUUUAUUCAUAUUGUAUGAUACGCCUUAUUGUAAUUUAGUAAAUACUAAAUUACGAUUCAUUUAAUUCCGAAUUGUAGUCGACAAUACUAGACAUUGAUCGCCAGCACUCCACCACCUGCGGGUCAGCCAUGCAGGCCGUCUUGUGUAGUCGUUGGUCGGUAUUUGUCAGGUGAUACUAGUCAGUCACGCUAUUCAUCACGGCCACUGCGAAAAGUUAAAAGAGGGGAACUUCAAAAGGAUUUUUUUGGUUUUUAGUACCUUUUUACAGUUCGCGGUUUUACGGUUUUACCCCUUGGCGAAGUCCUUUCUGGGUUUACAACUUGGCGAUUGGGUCGUCGCCCGACUCGCCUCUUUUUGGACAAGUAGCAAUCAAAAAGUCGUUAUUUUUUUUUUUACGUAUAUAUUUUGAAGUUUUAAACCGCAAGUACAGGGCCCCAGCCUUGCAGAGCAAUCUUUCAUCACCUCCGAAAAACAUUUGGAGGCUCGCGGCUACCAGGCCACAAUGGCUGGUGCAGCUGGCCGCACCAGGCCAAAAGAGAAAAAAGAGUGUGCCGCUGGCAGCUUGGUAAAAAGCUUGGCGCGCAGUGGAAAGGCCACCAGGCCCGGGUGUACCGGUGGUUUAACAGAUCUGUGUUUGAAACUGGUUCCAUGCCCGAGAACGGGGAGAAGUCUGGAAGCAGAGGCUUAGAAAUCAACAACAGAGAUAGAAAUCAACGGCGAGAAGUCAGGGAAUCACCAGAGAAUCGUGACGGAGAUUUGAAUUAUUGUUUAGAGGCGGCAUGGAAAUCAACGUCUCAGCAACCG